UAGCAGGACCUAAAACAGGACAUCGGCUAAUUUUAAGACAGUCGUACUCAUUUAUAUCUUCUACUUAUUUGUAUAAACGAGAGCUACCAGCCUUUUUUGAUUUGGCUUUGAUUUGAUGUUUCUUCACGGUGGGAAAUAUUGAAGAAAAUUAGCUCCCAACUACGCUAUGGGAUGUUUAGCAAGAUGAAAACGCGGAUAUUAAUAUGUAAUCAACAGAAAGCGUAUUAAAGCGCAGAAUAACAACUGUUACCGUCGUGUAAAUGGAAGUUUGUUUCUGUUGGUAAAAUGAACGAUCUUACACGAAAGACCGUGAAGGCAGCAGAGUGGGAGGGAGCCUGACCAACAAUUUUAAACGAGCGAUCCAAAGAGUUCCGCUGGAGACGCCUUGAAACACGGGACAUACCACCGGCAAGCUGCUGCCAUGUUUCUGCAAAAAAUUCUGCUUUAUUUGUCGACAGCAUGCAUGUUUUGCUACAUGUUGGGACUGUUUCUCAUGCUGGCGAUAUUGCAGUUUUUCUCACCAAGCCUUGCGAAGAAGUUCAUACUUCGCAUGGGUGAAAAGAUCACCAUGACCCAGAAUCCCAGGUUUAACUAUGAGGAUUGGGGUCUGACAUUUAUGUCCUUGGCAUUUAUUAAAACCGCUUCUUUUCACAUGUGGCUGUCUCUGGGAGAAGAGGCGUUUGUGGGAGGAGAAGCUCCAGACUCACCUGUGGUCACUAUGGACCGCGAGAAAACCAGCAUCUCCAAGUAUUUAAAAGGCAACAGAGCGCUUGUGCUGAGUUUUGGAAGUUGCACCUGACCCCCGUUUAUGUACAAACUUGAUGAGUUCAAGCAACUCGUCAAGGACUUCAGCGAUGUAGCCGACUUUCUUGUGAUCUACAUCGCAGAGGCUCAUUCAACAGAUGGUUGGGCCUUUAAGAACAACUAUGACAUCAACCAGCACCAGAGCCUGGAGGACAGGCUGUCUGCGGCACAGGUCCUGGUUCAGAGUGAACCCCUGUGUCCUGUGGUUGUGGAUGAAAUGACUGACGUCACCACCAUACAAUACGGAGCUCUGCCUGAGAGGCUUUACAUUCUGCAGGCUGGGAAAGUGCUCUACAAGGGAGGGAAAGGGCCUUGGGGCUACAACCCAGCGGAGGUGCGAUCCUUCUUGGAGAAGAUAAAAUAAGAAACUCUGCGCUUAUAUGAAUAAGGGUUUCUUCUUAUUAAGGGGUGGGUUUUAUCUACAUUCUAACCAGUAUACAUUACUUAUAUAGGUGGGGGAUUUUACAAUCAGGCUCUCAUGUUGUCUUAAAAAAGAUAUCAGCCUCUGAGCUUGAACUCUCCUCUCAGUGUUAAUUAAUGACGGCUGCAGAUUAAACUUUGGACUCUGGAGCCAGAUGCAUUCAAACACAGGGAGACAGUCCACUCAGCGGUUGUGAUAAAACGGCGCAUACAGGAGAUGUAAUUUGUGUGAGCAUGCAUGUGUUUUUUGUCCAUAUUCUCUUUUUGGUUGCGUGGUGGGUUUAUUAUGGCGCAGGUUUGUCUGCAUUGUAACUGUAAUUCCACUACAUCAGCAUGUAGUCCUACUGUCAGUCGUUCACAUUAAUCACAAAAGGUGUAGAAAUGGUGUGUAACCUUUCUGUAGUCUUAAACGAGAUGUCAGCCUCUGAGCUUGCAACCCCCUCUCUGUGUUUCUUAGUGACGGCUACAGAUUAAACCUCUGGUCUCUGGAGCCAGAUGCAUUGAAACGCAGGGAGACGGCCAACCUCAGUCAUGUCAUGUUCGUUGUAUCACAGACUAGACAGCAGAUGUAGUUUGCUUCCAUAUGUGUUUUGCUUAUGUUGCCUGGCUUCUUCAGUUAAACUCCCUGAAGAUUUAAGGCACUGAAAGUUUUCCCAUUUUCAGUGUCAGUUAUCAAGUGCACACUUAUGAAUUCUCCACAGUUUCAACAGCUGGCUACUAUUUACAUGACAAUGACAGUCAAAACCUCUUCUAGCUGGAAGUCUUUGAACUACGUAGGUUAAUUUAUUAUUGGACACUUAUUGAUUUGAAUAUUCUUGGAUGUGAAGUCAUCCGGUAGCACCUCAACAUAAGAGUACUCACUUUGUCAAAGUCA